AUGUUGCUAACCCGUUUCGCUUUCAUUGCUUCUUUGGUAUCUAUGGCCUUGGCAAAAGGUUCAUUCAUGCCUUACUUGCCAGAAGAAGUGUUGGCAGAUUUAGCGAAACGUGAUCCGUCAGAGUAUGAAACUUUUGCUCUCCAAAACAGUUCAUCAACAUUAGCAGAAAGAGGCGCACCAAAUGGCUUAAACGGAAUUCAAGACAGAUGCACUGCUUCUCAUUGUGUUUCUCCUUCGUUUGAUGAUGGUCCAUACAAUAACAUGCGCAAGAUCGUUGAUACUGCCGAUGCAGCAGGAUUCAAAGUUACAUUCUUCGUCAAUGCAAACAAUUACGAUUGCAUAUACAACGAAAGACGUGUUGCCGAUUUGAAAUACGCUUAUUCUCAUGGUCAUCAAAUUUGUUCACAUACUGCCUCUCAUCCUCAUUUGAAUUCUUUGACACCCGCUCAAAUUGAUACGCAAGUUCAAGUUGUCGAGACUGCAUUGUACAAAAUUUUGGGCGUUGUGCCUGCUUGCAUUCGUCCACCUUAUGGAGAAGCAAAUCAAGCCGUUGUUGAUCAAUUGAACAACAAAUGGGGAUACGUUGUCAUUAACUGGAAUUUCGAUACUCAAGACGCAGACGGAGCCACAGUAAAAUACUCCGAAUCCGUCAUUGAUAAAAUCAAAUCACCAAAACAUGCAAUCAUUUUGAUGCACGAAACAGUCGAUACGACAGCAAACACAGUUUUCCCUUAUGCUAUCAAAAAGCUUCAACAAAACGGUUAUCAAACAAAAGAUUUCUAUACCGUUCCAAACGGAUUAAAAUUCAACGGAUACAAAGUUGUCGGUAAACCAAGUCAACGUGAUUCUUCAUGGACUUGCAAAGGAAUGCCACAACCAAGUGAUAAUUAG